AACUUUGUUUGUGAAUUCAAUCGCUAAUUAAUAGCGAUAUUAACAAAAGAACUUAGAUAUUUUGAUGUUAUUCUAAAAAAUAUAUUCUUUGUUCCAGAUGUGGCUAGCAGCACUAGCCAUAGUGUUAGUGAUCUGCUUUUUACUUUAUUUGGAUACAUUGAAACCAAAGAAAUUCCCACCAGGUCCCAAAUGGAUACCAAUCUUAGGCUGUGCUACAGAAGUAGCCAGACUUCGAGAAAAAACUGGUUAUUUAUAUAAAGCUGCAAAAGAACUUUCAAAGAAGUAUUGCAAGAACGGCGCUGCACUUGGUCUUAAAAUUGGAAAAGAUAGAAUAGUUAUAGUCAAUAGCUUAGAAGCUAAUAAAGAAAUGCUUGCUAAUGAAGAUUUGGAUGGUAGACCUAAAGGGAUAUUUUAUCAGACUAGAACAUGGGGUGAGAGAAGGGGCGUUCUUCUAACAGAUGGAGAACUCUGGAGGGAGCAGAGGCGUUUCUUAAUGAAACAUUUAAAAGAAUUUGGUUUCGGUAGAAAAGGUAUGGGCAAUAUAGCUUGCUCAGAAGCUGUCUUUAUGAUCAAUGAUUUAGUGGACGCAAUGAACAAUAACAAUGAAGCGGUGGUCCAAAUGCAUAACUUUUUUAAUACUUAUAUAUUGAAUACAUUAUGGUCUAUGAUGGCGGGCAUUAGAUACAAUCCAAAAGAGCCUCAGAUGCAGGUUCUUCAAGGCCUGCUCUAUGAUUUGUUUUCUGCUGUUGAUAUGGUAGGUACUGCAUUUAGCCACUUUCCAGUCUUAUGUAUUAUAGCUCCUACGAUGUCUGGUUACAAAGACUUUGUCAAAACACACAAAAGAAUUUGGAAAUUUCUCCGAGAUGAAAUCGCUAGACACGAAGAGAGGUUCGACCCUGAAAAAGAAGAUAAGGAUUUUAUGGAUGUCUAUAUAAGAAUUUUAAGACAAUACGGUGAAGUAAAUACUUAUUCUAAAGGUCAGCUCGUUGCAAUGUGUAUGGAUAUGUUCAUGGCUGGUACUGAGACGACAAGCAAGAGUAUGAGCUUCUGUUUUAGCUAUUUAGUAAGGGAGCAGGAGGUACAAAAAAAAGCUCAGAUGGAAAUAGAUAAAGUGGUCGGUCGGGAUCGCAUGCCAUGCUUAGAAGACCGUGAUAAGAUGCCUUACAAUAGUGCUCUGGUGCACGAGUGUGUUCGCCACUUCAUGGGACGUACGUUUGGGGUCCCCCAUCGCGCCUUGAAGGACACAAAGUUGGCUGGCUACAACAUUCCGGAGGACACGAUGAUAGUGUCGAAUUACACAAACAUACUGAUGGAUGAGGAAUUAUACCCGGACCCUUACGCUUUCAAACCCGAGAGGUUUAUCAAAGACGGCCAAGUGAAGAUGCCAGAUCACUACUUUCCGUUCGGCUUGUUCAAACAUCGGUGCAUGGGUGAUGUACUGGCUAAGUGUAACAUAUUCAUAUUCACAACGACGAUGCUGCAGAAGUUCUCCUUUCUCCCUGCGCCCGGUGAACCAUUGCCAUCUUUGUAUCACGUUGAUGGAGCGACUCCGUCAGCGGCGCCGUUCAAAGCCUUGGUGGUACCAAGACAUUGA